AUGUCCUUCUGCAGGGCCGCCUCGCAGGCGCUGGCCUCCCGCCUGAGCAGGGCUCCCGCCGCCGCCAGCCGCCUCAAGCAGCGUGGUACGCGGGCCGGGCCGGGCAGAGGGCACCGGACGAUGCGAGGGUCGCGGGCGGGGGCCGGGACGGCACCUCCUCGCCAGAUGUCAUCUGGGAGUGUUCCUGGUUCUUCUAGAGACAGCAUGAUGAUCUAUCUCCUUGCUGGUGUUGCUGCUUUUGGUGGUUUGUUUUAUGCCUACAGAGUAGUCAGUUCAUCACGCAGCAAGUAUAUUGAACACACAAAUACUCUUCGUGAGAGAGACGAGGGGCAGAAAAGCAAUCUUUGGUCAAGGAAGGAAGGUGAUGGAGAAGAGAUGGAUGAAGUCCCUGAAGCAGAGAAGGCCAUGGAAGAGGCUGAUGCAGCAGCUGCUGCUGAACCUGCAGCCCAGGAUGAGAGUGCUGGACCCACAGCACAGGAUGAGACUUCAGGGGUAUCCCCAGAAGCUAGAGGGGAGGAUGAGUUACUGGCUCCAGAGGUGUCCCGUGACGUGGAGGAAGCACAGCAGGAAGCUGCUGCUAAUUUAGAAGCUGCUGCUAAUUCAGAAGCUGCUGCUAAUUUGGAACUUGCUGCUAAUUCAGAAGCUGCUGCAGUUCAAGAAGAACAGCACAGCCCCCAGAGCUGUUCUUCCCAGGAGUUCCUGGCUGCAGGAAGGGAAGCCACCAGCAGCACAUGGUCUGACACACAGCCUUAA